AAGCAGGAAGACUGUGACUGACUCUUCACUAAUCAUGGUGUCCCGUCGAUCUCUUACUAUUGACACCGAGAAAGCGACCAAGACGACAUAUGUGCUCGGAACGACGUUAACGGUGAACUUAAUCAGAUGUGCUCCACCACAAUCCAAGUCCUUCUCAAUAAGAUGCACCCCAAACGUGCAUUACAAGAUAACACCUCCAAUCACAGACAAGAAUGCCCUCCCAUAUCCCCUCGGGCCAAACACCAUCCUCCUCAUCACCAUGGACACAGUCAGUGAAACUGCAUUCGACAGCAAGUUGUCUGUGAGAUACUACGGUGAGAAAACGGAGACGCUUGGGGACGCCAUACUGCAUCUUACAGCUGUUGAGAUAUCUCUGGAUGUAGAUGCUGACCGAGAUGGUGUUGUUGAGAAAAACAAUCCAAACAAGG